UGAUGUUGCCAGACUCGAAGACUUUCCGUAAAACGGGAAAGGACGACAGAUGCGUUUACCAAAGACGGACAAGGUUGUUUUUUUUAAAGAAAAUUAAUCUGAACUUUGUGUUAUUACAAAACUGAUGUGAGUCUAAAUUGUUAACUUACUACAUUUAAAUGUGACAGUGGCUACGUGACGGGGAAGUAUCAAACAUGGCAACAUAGACUUCCUCCGCCAUUGGAUUUGAAGCGGGAAGGAGACGUUAUUGUGAACGGACUAGCGAGUGUCUAAACAGGUGCACAACAGCCUGACAAUGCAUACUUUGUUGUAGCAAACGCAUCAUUGUUAUUAUUAUAAAGUUCAGUUUACGAAAUAAUGUAACGUAAGUUGAGCAAAACAAGCUGUCCGUUAGUCCUCCGGUGGACCGACAAACUGACGUUCACGUGAAGACGGAGACAAACAAAGACUUCCUGUUGUCUCAAAACAAACAAACAUUGGUUCUCAAUGCAAGAGAAUACAAUGAAGCCGAAACGCAUCCAGAGACACACAGGACCCAAAUGGCAAAGGAAAGGAGUCAGCACUGGUGACAAGGCGAUGCUGAGCCAAGCGAAGCCAACAUGUGUGUCCUCUUCUGCUCAAGCCAAACCUUUUGCUGGGAAAGUGUUUUACCUGGAUCUGCCAUCAAACAAGAUAGCGGAGAUGUUGGAGAAUGACAUCAAAGACUUGGGAGGGACUGUUGAAAAGUUCUUCAGUAAGGAAAUCAAAUAUCUGGUAUCCAACAAGAGGGAGGCUAGAUAUGUGCAUUGCAUUCGGCAGGACUCUGCUGUUCCCAACCCAGACCCGGGCCCAAGUUCAACUCACCCUCGAUCAAACCGGGACAAAAUCAAAAGCAAGUCUCAGUGCCAAACGGACACAUUUGUCCCCAGCAGAGGGAAGUCUUUGGUGGAGAAAGUGGUGAAAGAGCAGGAGAGGGUGAAAAUUAACAAGAUCCUGUCAAAUGCUCUGGAGUGGGGUGUGAAAAUCCUCUACAUAGAUGAUAUAAUGGCAUAUGUUAAGAAGAAAAAAAAGAUUGUCAGCAGCCAGUGUCCUGCUACCGCUGCGGUCAAAACAAGUGUCAAAGCUGAGUCAGCAGCAAAGCAAGGCUUUCAGAAAUGCAAAGGCGGUCGAAUCGGUAAACCUUUUGUCAAGGUGGAGGAUUCAAGCAGACACUACCGACCGAUCUACCUCACGAUGCCGAACAUGCCCGAGUUCAACCUGAAGACUGCUCCUCCCUGCAGCCCCUUCUGUGUGGAGGACAAGGUUCUUCCUGGAAACAAACAGCUGGGACGCAGAGGUGCGAGCGAAGAGCUUGUAAACGGCAGAAAGAAGAACAGGGACAAGAAACGAGGCGGCUACUGCGAAUGCUGUAUGAUCAAAUAUGAGAAUGUCACAAUGCACCUAAAGAGUGAACAUCACAAGGCUUUCUCCAAGAGUGACCAAUACUUGGUGAUAGACAAACUGGUUUCAACUCUGCAUUGCAACUUCCACAUCAAGACUACAAUCAAAAGACCAAAAUGCAGUGUUUCCUCCAUUCUCAUUGCUCCUGGACCAUGUGGGCAUACAGUACAACGACUCGAUGAUGAUGAAACGGAGAUUAUUAAAGAAGAAGAGCAGCAUCAGACUGUCGAUGGGCAUGAGGGAUCUAACUCAGCACAAACUUUAACAAUCGGAUCAGUUCCUAGUUCCACUCCUCUGAUUCCCAAGGAGAGGAAGAGCUACACUCACUCGGACAGAUCCAAGCACAAAUCUCUUGCAUGUAAAUGGCGGUGCAGACAGAAUUCUUUGACUUCUCGCUCUCAAAAAGCUGAGAAGUCUCAAAUUCCUGAGCCCAGGAUGGAAACAGCCCCCCCUAGAGGUGAAUGUUUUGCUUCCAUUCCCUCCAGAGUUCCUUGGGUCAACGAGGUGGACCAAACAACAACUCAAGACGUGAAGAACAGCUCAACCUCCUGCGUUCAUAAUGUGAACGUUCAGAAUGAAGGUUCCUUAAAAUGUGCUAAUGUCAUAAGAAAUCAACAAGAGGAGUCUGAUAAGAAACCGGAUUCCUCCGAGUGUGAGGUCGCUCAGGACGGAAACGCAUUGGUCGACAAAAUGACUGGAAACAACCUCUCGGAAAGACGAGAAGAAAGUCUUUCUUCACACAGCUUCUCUCCGGUCCGGACAAUACAGAGGAAGGUGAGAGUUUAUAAACGAAAGAGACGGAAAGUCGACACGUGCGUCGAAAGCGUAACGCCGAGUGACAUUCCCGACAACUCCAUGAUAAAACUCUGGGAGCUUUUUCAGCCAACUGAUGACAUGGAUGUGGCAUUUCUGGGGUUUGAGGACUCGUAAGGGAGAAAUGAACUAGGUGAUUCUUGCCUUUUCCAAUACUUGAAACAUGCCAUGUUCUGUGCCAUGGACUAUACAAGACACUAUAUGUUAAUUUGACUAAACAGUCAGUUUGAAGGCAGCGGAGUGAUCUUCAUUUAGUUUCAUCACAUGAAGGGAAUCUGUGGAUACGUAUGUGUAUUUGGUAUUUAGCAUUGUUUAAGAUUUCAAACUUUAAAAAGAGGUAAACCAGCAAUUACCUUUUACAGUGGGGGCUUGUGCUGCAAAAGUAUUUGAAACGAUAAUAUUCCCAUGAAUAAAAAUAUGUACUAAAUGUAUCUUGAUAUUGAGUUAUAGCCCUUUUUAGAACGAUCCACAUCUUUAAUUUAUCUUGUCUAAUAAAUCUCCUUUGUAAUGAGUAUAUAAAGAGGACAUAAUAACACUUAAUUGAUCAGUUGAAUCCAGGUGAAAUCAAUCUAUUAUUUUCAUAAUAUAAUGCAAAUUGCUUGUGUCCUGAAUUGUCCACCAUUUGCCCACAUUUGGUCUAAGUUGCAUCAGUCCUGAAAUUAUAUAGCAUUCUUCAGCUUUUGACAAUACAUUAUUUAUCUCAAACUUCUGUUAUUUCAAUUAGAAAUGGGAACAAAUGCACAGAAAAGCCAGCCUCUGAACUUUAACUCUUAAACUUUGUUUUUAUACAAACUAGUUUUAAGUAGAGAAAAUUCCUCUUGAAAACAUGAACUGGAAUAAAAUGUCACUUGCAGAAAAACUGCGAUAAAUAAAUCACAAAGUAUUAAAAGACUUUUUAGACGGAUGCAUUUUACACAUUCUCACUAAUUUGAUACUUUUUUUACCACUUGAAAAUCAAUUAACUUUCACUGUGUAAAUACAUUUUUACAGAAGUGUUUUUAUAGUAUAAUACUGUUGAGGGGAAUAGGAGCAUAUACAAAAGAAAGCAGCUUUAUUAAUAAUAAUUUACACAGUAAUCUGGAGAACGGUGGCUUGAAUCUUCCAGACCUUGACAACUGAUUGUUUAUGUUGAUAACAUGGUUGCAUAUGAAUCAUAUGUGUGGUACUGAUAUGACAUUUUAGGAUUCUUCCCAAGUGCACUUUUCCUGCCUUCUCAGCUGUCCUUGUUGCCCCAUUUGGUGCAUUAGCUUGUUCUCUCACGGCUCUCAAAGCGAUGCACUGGGUCAAAUGAGAGUCACUGGCUUUAAGAAAAAGACAUGAGCAAUAAAGUGUUCUGAAGUACAAGCAUGCAAAUAAACUGGAAAUGGCAAAACUGAA